AAAUCCAAGUGUCUCUGCGUCCAGUCCGUCCCUGUGUCCGUGGAAAUGCGCUACUGCGCAUGUGCAGCACGGACCGUCUCCUAGCAACAUAGCAACAGUUCUAGCGCCGCGCAGCCAAUAGGAAGCGAGUCGGUUCUAGGCUAAUCCAGUGCUCAGCGCAGGCAGGAGCCGGAGGGAAAUGCCUUGGGACGAAAUGAGCUCUCUCGCACAGAAGGUGGCCCGGCAGAGUUUUCACAGCAGCGGAGGGGUCGGUCUGGGCCUGUCGGAGGAGAACUUGGGACAGCUGUGGAAAAUGAGCCAGGUGCAGGGUGGAAGAUGUGGGUCUGGGUCCUGGGAGGGACUCGGCGAGUCGGCUCGGGAGGGAAGGGCCCGCGGCCGCCCAUGACUUACAUGCACAUCUGUGAGACUUCGUGCUUCGGCAUGGGAGUGUUCCUGCUGCGCCCCGUGGACUGUAUCAGCUUAACGUGCUCUACGGCAAGUUCCACAUUAACGGCUUUGAUCGUGCGGCUCUGUGCGCCUGGUAGCGAUGCGCUCCGUGCGAAAGUUCGGGAUAACAGCCCGUCCUGCCUGCUAGCUCCACACAGGGGGAACCUGCAUCACAUCAGCGCAUUGGAUGGGCCCGCUGCCUUCCUGGUCAUCCUGGCAUCCCCUACGACACCCAGCGGAUGACGGGUAUUGUCACUACUACAGCUCGAUGAUGUCUGGU